CCUUUAGCCUUCUUCCAAAUUAUAAUUCAAUAACUUUAAAUGGAAGAAAAAGUUAUAUUGGUCAAAUAUAAUAUAAAACUUUAGUACUGUAAUUUCUAUCUUCCGUAGAAAUUGGUGAAAUUCUGACUGAAGUGGUUUAAAUGGAAAUAAAUAUAUUUUAUUUAUAAAAUAAAUAAAGUGCAAGGUAUUGAUGAUCUUACUAUACCAGAGUGUAUGGUAAAUCGAGACUUCGUGAGAAGGAUUCAAACAAUACAAGUUAAAGAGGCUAUGAGAAAAAUGGGGAGGAAGAAAGCAGUGGGCCCAGAUGACAUACCGAUCGAGGCUUGGAGAAGUUUGGGAGAGAAAGGCAUCGAGUGGCUAACAUGUUUCUUCAACAUGAUUUGGAGAAACAACAAAAUGUCAGUGAGUUGGCGGAAGAGUACUCUCACUCCCUUAUUUAAAAAUAAGGGUGAUGUACAAGAAUGUGCUAACUAUCGAGGGAUUAAGCUUAUGAGUCACACCAUGAAACUUUGGGAACGAGUGGUUGAGCAAAGACUUCGUAAGAAUGUGAAAAUUUCGGAAAAUCAAUUUGGUUUUAUGCCUGGACGCUCAACAACUGAGGUCAUUCAUCAUCUUAGACAAGUUAUGGAGAAGUAUAGAGACACUAAAAAGGAUCUGCAUUUGGUGUUCAUUGACAUAGAAAAGGCAUAUGAUAGGGUACCUCGAGAAGUCCUGUGGUGGGCCAUAACUAGAAAAGGCAUAUCACGUAAGUAUAUCAGUAUCAUCAUGGAUAUGUAUGAUGCUUGUACUACAAGUGUCCGCACUAGUGUAGGGAGGACCGCAGAGUUCCCUAUUACUAUUGGAGUGCACCAAGGAUCUGCUCUGAGUCCUUUCUUAUUUGCUAAAGUCAUGGAUGAACUUACGAAGUUAAUUCAAGAAGACAUACCGUGGUGUCUGAUGUUUGCCGACGAUAUUGUAUUGAUUGAUGAGACACAACCCGGUGUUAAAGCAAAGUUGGAAGUAUGGCGACAGACAUUGGAGAACAAGGGUUUCAGACUGAGCUGAAGCAAGACUGAGUAUAUGGAGUGCAAGUUUGGUGAAGGUAGAAGUAGUAACAACAGUGGGAUUACUCUUGAUGGUAAGGAGAUACCGGUGUGUGAUGUGUUUCGUUACUUGGGUUCCAUAAUUCAGAAAGAUGGUGAAUUAGAUGGAGAUGUAUGCCAUAGAAUCAAAGGUGGGUGGAUGAAAUGGAAGAGUGCUUCAGAAUUUCUAUGCGAUCGAGGUAUGCCAACUAGACUGAAGGGUAAGUUUUAUCGAACAGCAAUUAUGCCUGCAUUAAUGUAUGGCGUGGAGUGUUGGGCGGUGAAGUAAUGCCACAUUCAAAAGAUGAGUGUGGCAGAGAUGCGUAUGUUGCGUUGGAUGUGUGGACAUAGAACAAAAGACCGUUUGAGGAAUGAGAUAAUCAUACAAAAGGUGGGAGUAGCACCUAUAAAAGAUAAGAUGUAGGAGUCUCGUUUGUGGUGGUUUGGAUAUGUGCGUAGAAGACCGAGUGAUGCACCUGUUAGACGACUUGAGGGGUGGGGAGAAGAGACAGAGAAGAGAUGGAGAGGAAGACCAAAACAGACUUGAAUUAGAGGAAUCAGAACUGAUAUGCGUCUCCUUGAGUUGGAUGAGAGUAUGGCUUUGGAGAGAGCAAAGUGGAGGACGCACAUCCGUGUGGACGACUGAUGUCUUUUCUACCUUUCCUCUCUUUUUUAUUUUAUCAUUUAUCUUCCUUACCUUUUUUUAUUCUUAUGUUAUUUUUAUAUUCUAGCUUUUUUAUGCUCUUUUUUUUAUCUUUUAUCUUUUUUAUAUUCUUGUGUUAUUGUUAUCUUUUAUUUAUCUUUAUUUUAUUCAUUUUAUCUUCCUUUUUUCUUCCCUUUCUUUUCCAUCUUCUCUGUUUGGCAUUGAUAUCAUUGAUCGAUUCAUGUUAGCCGACCCCAAAUUCUUUUGGGAUUAAGGCUUGGUUGUUGUUGUUGUUGUAUAAAAUAAAUAAAGUAUUAUAUGAAAAUAGCUUCAUCAAUUUUAGUCAAUUCAGCAAGAAAAAUAAUUUUGACUUUAUUUAUUUUGAUUAUUGAACAAUUAAGCGUGCGAGACACAAAAUUAUGUGUUUAACAAAAAACGUCUGAUAAACCAAAAAUAGACAUUUUAUGAGAAAUUGCCCAAUAUAGGAGUAAACAUAAACAUAAUUGCAUAAAUAGGGGUAAAACUUAAAACUUCCUUCAAUAGGAGUAAACAUUAAUUUUGUACCCUUAAUAUCCCUAACCUAGUUAAUUCUAAAAUAUGACUUAUUUGAUCCUAUUAAAAAAAUCUAAGUUCAUUAACUAGAAACGAUACCUUUAUGCAGGCCAUUUAAUUUUAAAAAUAAUCUAAGUUCAUCCCAUCAAUAUUAAAAUAUUAAAAAUUAAAAAAGUUAUUUUUGAAAAAAUAAAAAACUUUAAAAAUAAAAAAAUAGAUAAACUGUAUUAAAAAAUAUAAAAAAAUUAUACAGGCCUUUCUAGCAGCCUCGGUCAUCACCCAGCAAUGUCACCUCUGAUCGGCGAAAAAACUGUCAUUUUAUGUAAAAACUGUCAUUUUUCUUUGAAAAUGCCAUAAAGAUGGCACUUUUAUUAUUUGAAAAUGCCAAAUUAUCUCAAAAUCUGCCAUCUUGAUGGCAUUUCGGGAAAAUGUUGGCAUUUUUUUCGGUGGUCAGAGCUGGUGGUGCUGGGAGGUUGUUGAGGCGGCAGCAGACGCCUACAUAUUUUUUUUAUAUUUUUUCAUUUUUUUUAAAUUUUUUUAGAUUUUUAUUUUUAUUUUUUUAUUUUAAUAAUUUUUAUUCUAUUUAAUAUGGAGUAUAUUUUAUUUGAUAUUUUUUUGUGUUUUUUUGUUUUUUUACAAUUUUAUUAUAAAUUAAUUAAUCUUACAGAGUAUUUCUUUUAUGUUUUAUUUAUUAAUUAAAGUGAUUGGGGCUUGAGUAGGGGUAUACUUGUCCAAACAUUAAAGUUACUCCUAUUCAAAACAUAGUACUCCUAUUUUUGCAUUUUGCCUAUGUUUUACUCUUAUUUAGGGAAUGCUCUCACAUUUUAUCAUGCAAACCUUAAAUACUCCCUUCGUCCCAAAAACAACUUCACAGUUUGACUAGCACACAUAUUAAGGAAAUAAACUUACUGGGGGGUAAAUUUUACUGUUUGGACAGUGUUUGAACACUAUUUAGCACUGUUUGGCACUAUUUAACACUGUUUUGAUGUAGAUAAUUUGCCAAAUAAGAAUGUGGGAAGAAGUGUAAAGUUAAUUUUGGGACAUCCAUUUAAGGAAAGUGAGAAGUUGUUUUUGGAACUAAGGGAGUACAUCUUAUACAUUCAGAUCAUAUUUCAAUACUACGUAUGUAUUAUGGAGUAUAUCAUAAUUAAUUGACAAAAAACACUUUGUACAAUGCAUCACACGAGUAUAUAUAUACUAUCGUAUAAUACUAGUUAACAAUUAAUAAUGGACAAAACUCGAAACAAAUAUUACUUGCUGAAGUUCCAUCCACGGCCUUUCCAUGAAAUAUCCAUCUUAGAUUAAGCAACGGUCGUGACAAGGAGCUUACAUACCGUCUCCUUAUUAGUCCAAGUUCCGCAACUUUAGUGUUGUCAGGAUGUUUUUACUUUGGACUGUAAUUUGCUGGUCUGGUCAGGUCUGGUUUGGUCUGGUCUGUUUUGGUCUGGUCUGAAAUUUUAUUUUUUAUAUUUUUUGCAUAAAUAUUUUAUUAUAUAUAUAUAUAUUAUAUAAUAAUAAUAGUAGUAAUAAUAAUAGUAAUAAUAGUAAUACUACUACUACCAAUAAUAACAAUAAUAAUAAUAAUAG